AUGACUUCCAAUGUAUCAUAUGCUGCUUUAGCAAAGUCAUUAUCCGAUGGUAAGUCACCAAAGGAAACUCCUGUUGAAUCACAGACAUCUUCUGCCAAGAUUGCCGAGUCAAAGGACACAAAGGAUACCAAGGAAACUAAGGGAUCCAAGGACACCAAGGACAUCAAGGAAGCCAAGGAAGCCAAGUCCAAGAAACCUGAAUCAUCGUCGUCACCUGUUGCUUCAUCUGAAUCAGCUCCUUCAUCAUCUAACACCACAACUGCCAAUUCUACUGCCGCCUCCAACUCACCAAAGGCAUCACCCGCUAAAGUAUCUUUGGCACCAGCACCAGUCCCUACUACUUCAGUAUGGGGCUCGAUAUCUAACGAUGUUGAGGCGUUAAAAAUAAAUGACACUAUUCCUAACAACAAGCGUACUCCAUUAUUAGGUGAACAAACGCCGUCGAUAAAGCAGCAACAACCCAAAAAGUUUAUCAAGCCAAUAACCACCAAAUGGGUUCCUUUAGAUGUCAAUGUGACUUUGCAAUCAAGAUCGAGUGGUGGUUCAAAACCUAGAAGUAAGAGGAGACAGAACAACAACUCUGGUGCUAGUCGUGGAAAUGGUUCUGCUUCUGGUAGAGAUGAUAGGUCGAAACCUGCUGCUGCUUCAGCUCCUGCUAAAAAGAGAGAAGAAUCAAGAGAUGAGUCUAGUGACAAGUCCGAAGUUGAAUCAGGAGCUGCUGGAUCAAGAGACGAAACACAGUCUUCUGAAAAGCCAGCCAAGGAUGAUAAAGAGCUGACUGAAAGUAACGUUGAUUCUGAACAAGCUAAACAGGGGCAAAAUGAGGAUGCUAUAGAAGCUGAGGCAACUCAACAAAAUGAGGAGUCUACAAUAAAUGAACAACAUCAACCACAAUCAGCUAGCCAACAACAACAAUACCCACAACAAUCUCAACAAAAGCCAUACAAUAGACGUUUCAACCCAAAUUAUAAUAACAAUGGUUCGUCAAAUGGCUACCCAAAGAGAUUCAACAAUAGCAACAAUGCUAACAAUAACAACAACAACAAUGGUCAACACUACAACAACUACAACCAACAACCAUACCAACCACGUCCAUACAAAUCACAUUACAAGAACAACAACCGCAACUACAACAGCAACAACAAUAAUAAUCAAUCACCCAACCCAAAUGCUGCUGCCGCUUCUCCAUACAGCCCAUCACAUUUCAACAAUUUUGCACCUAUGUACUACAUGCCAAUGCAACCACCAGCAUUUAUUCCUCAACAUCCACUCACUAUGCCAAAUGGUGUUCCAGCAAUUCCAGGAGCUCCAGGUAUCGUACCACCUACAGGCCCAGCAUCAAUGUCUGCUGGUGCUGCUCCACCACCACCAAUUUCGCCUCAACAAAAUCCAUCUGAAGCAUUACGAUAUCAAUUGGAAUAUUAUUUUAGUGAUGAAAAUUUAAUCAAGGAUUUCUUUUUGAGACAAAACAUGGAUGUUGAAGGUUGGGUUCCUUUGGAUUUGAUUUUGAGUUUUAAAAGAGUUAAAAUCAUUACCAAUCAAGGUGGAAUUGAUGUCAAGGAAGUCUUAGGUCAAUGCAGUAACCUUGAAGUUAGUGAAGAUGGACAUAAAGUGAGAGCUCGCAGAUAA